CUUUGGGUGCAAGCACAGCACAAUGAAUGAGUGUCUAUCGAAACAACUCUUUGGUUGGUUUACCGGCUCCACACUUCGUGUAUGUGAGGAAUGUUACACCUGGAUUACCACUAUUUCUGUUCAACUAUAGUGACAGGAAGCUGUAUGGUAUCUUUGAGGCUACGAGUCAUGGCCAAAUGAACAUUGACCCAAAUGGAUGGACCGCUGAUGGGUCAGGGAGGACCAAAUUUCCUGCUCAGGUUCGGGUGUGUGUUCGGAUGGAGUGCCCACCACUGCUUGAAAGCCGGUAUAAACCAAUACUUGCUGAGAACUACUCCAAUUCACUGCAAUUCCAGUUUGAGCUUGACCAUGAACAGACAGGAAAGCUGCUAUCUCUGCUAGCACCAUUGGCAAUAUCUCGAGGUCAACCAACACAACAUAAUACACUGAUGUGGGAAACAGAUUUUCGAGGUCUUCCAUCAUGUAGUACAAUACAGAAAGCUGAAUUGUGUAAGCCACCCACUUCAGAGGCUGAGAAUCCUACUCCAGUACCCAACUGGGAAACUAAUUUUCCUGCUCUUCCAAGUCAGAAUACAAUACAGAAAGUUGAAUCACUUAAACCACCCACUUCAGAGGCUGAGAAUUUGACUUCUGUAACCACAGUGAAAUGGGAAACAGAGUUUCCUGCUCUUCCACAACGUAAGAGAAUGCAGAAGAAAGCUGUAUCAUGCAGAGCAUCCACUUCUGCAACCUCUACACCACAGAACAGAGCGGAGCUGGAAACUGAUCUUCCACCUCUUCCCUCAAUUAGCACAAAAGAGGAACCUGAAUGGGCUUACCAACUUACUUCAGACGUGAAGCAUAUGAACAGUUCAAGUCUGAAAGGGGAUGCAACGUCUUCUACACCUCAGAAUACAGCGAAGUGGCAAGCUGAUUUUCCAGAUUUUCCCUCACAUAACUCAACACAAGAACCUGAAUGGCUUGAAGCACUUAUUUCAGAGGCUGAGCAUACUUAUCGUUCAAGUCCACAAUUGGAUUCUAUACCUUUAUUUGGAACCUUCAGUCCCUUCCAAGCAGAUGCAAAGAAGGCUGAACAAGAGGAUCUCCAGCUCAUAUACACAAAACUGAAGAAAAUAAAUCUUCAACAUAGUCUCCACAGCAAAUGCCAAAACAUACCUUUGGCUGGAGAUUUUGCAGAUAGUAGGGCAGGGAGUCCAUACUCCCAGUCUGAUCAGAAAAGUGGAGAGAGUCCGUGCUACUUUUCUGCACAGAGUCCUGGAUCCAUGUUCUAUCCGUGGGUCAUUGCUGAGUUGCUUCAAGAGGUGCAAGAGCUGAAGGCGUUUAGGACUGCACAGACUGAGAAGAUCAGCUAUUUGGAGGAUAAGCUGGUGCAGGUGCAGUUUGAAAUUAAACAGUUAAAAGACUUCAUUAUAGAUGGAGCUUGAGCCUACACCAUCCAUAGCAUAUUUGAGAAGGCAGAGAAGGAUUGAAGGAAUGAUCGACUGACAGACAUUGGCGUAACACUCACUGCGAGUUGACAAAUUAAACCACACAGCUGCGAAGUUUCUGGACUCGCCGGUGCAAUUACAAUGACUGAACUAGUCAUGUUUUGUGGUCUGUAUAUUGACUAAACCCUUCAAGGAAAGCUUAGAGUUGUUAAAGUUAGCAAGAUGACUGAUGUUUAGACUAGCUACAAGAUGAUGGCGAAAAUUUACCUUUAUAUGCUAUGACAAAUUAAAAUGCAUG